AUGCAGUCCCUCUCCAUCUUCCGCGCCGCAACCCGCGCCGUUCGCCCUACCGGCUUCUUCAGAGCUCCCCAAUUGGCCCGGUCCCGGAUGCAGUCCCCGGUAACUCUGGCCGCCGCCCGCGCCCACAACUUCGGCACCACCUCCAAGCUCCUCUCCGGACACGAGGACGAGACAUACGAGGAGUUCUCCGCCAGGCGCUUCCCGGAACAGACAUCGGGAUUCACCUGGAAGCGUGUUAUACUGACUAUGUAUCCCAAUCGCAGAUUUGAGAAGGAAUUCGACGGUGUGCAGGAUGUUUUCGAGCUCCAGCGCAACCUGAACAACUGCUUCGCCUACGAUCUCGUUCCCUCCGUUGAGGUCCUCACUGCCGCUCUCAAGGCCGCCCGCCGUGUUAACGACUUCCCUACCGCCGUCCGUGUCUUCGAGGGCAUCAAGGCCAAGGUCGAGAACCAGGACCAGUACAAGCAAUAUCUUGAGUCCCUCGAGGGUCUGCGCCAAGAGCUGGGCGUCGCUCUCCGCGAGGAGCUCUACCCCCAGGAGGAGUAA